AGCGCCGCGGAGGCGGGGCGCGUCGGACACGUUCUACUUCCCUACAUUGGAGAAAAAGGGGACUCGCAACCCGAACGGGCGGUGCAAGACCCGAUUCCAUCAUCACCAACAUCAUCAUCCUCAUCAUUAUCAUCACACUGGACCUGCAAAGAUCAGCCGUGAGAGAGCGUCGGCCAUUGACUGCACAUCAAGACUUCAGAUCCGCUAGAGAUGGCAGGGAUCCUGGCGUGGUUCUGGAACGAGAGGUUCUGGCUCCCGCACAACGUCACCUGGGCUGACCUGAAAAACACAGACGAGUCCACCUUUCCACAAGCCGAGGAUCUGUACCUGGCGUGUCCUUUAGCAUUCUGCAUGUUUAUGAUCCGACUGGUCUUUGAGAGGUUCAUUGCGAGGCCAUGUGCACUAGGUCUGAAGAUCCAAGCCAACGGGCCGCUGAAGGCUCAGCCCAACGCCAUUCUGGAGAAAGUCUUCACUGCCAUCACCAAGCACCCCGAUGAGAAGAGGUUAGAGGGUCUGUCCAAGCAGCUGGACUGGGACGUGAGGACCAUCCAGCGCUGGUUCAGACAACGACGCAACCAGGAGAAACCCAGCACACUGGCGCGCUUCUGCGAGAGCAUGUGGAGGUUCACCUUCUACCUGUACAUAUUUACGUACGGUGUGCGCUUCCUGAAGAAGAGCCCGUGGCUGUGGGACACCCGAGAGUGCUGGUACAACUACCCCUAUCAGCCGCUAACCGUGGAUUUGCAUUACUACUACGUACUGGAGCUGUCCUUCUAUCUGUCGCUGCUCUUCUCGCAGUUCACAGACAUCAGAAGAAAGGACUUUCUCCUGAUGUUCCUGCAUCAUGUGGCCACCAUCUCUCUGAUCACCUUCUCAUAUGUGAAUAACAUGGUUCGGGUGGGAACGCUGGUCAUGUGUCUGCAUGAUGCUGCCGACGUCCUGCUGGAGGCUGCUAAAAUGGCCAACUAUGUCAAAUGCCAGAGACUCUGCAGCGUCCUGUUCGUCAUGUUUGCCCUGGUGUUCAUCAGCUCCAGGCUGGGAGUGUAUCCUGUAUGGAUUUUAAACACCACUGUGUUUGAGAGCUGGGAUAUCGUCGGGCCGUACCCUUCGUGGUGGGUGUUUAACGUGCUGCUCGUCCUGCUGCAGGCCCUGCACACCUUCUGGUCGUACCUCAUAGUGCGCAUCGCCUGCAGGGCCAUCUCCAGAGGAAAGGCGGGAAAAUGGAAUCCUUUACAUGUGUCGAAGGAUGACCGCAGUGACAUUGAGUCCAGCUCUGAUGAAGACGAGGUUCUUCCUCGCUCUCAGAAACAUCACACUAAUGGGACCAACGGCACCAACGGGUACCUGUCCCAGUCCCCAUGCCCAGACGAACACUAACCGUCCACCCAGCAUGGAGGACGUUUCCCUGGUUCCCAGCUGCGUCACUCUCCGUUGUGUCAAAUCAUAUAUGAACAUUACCAGUCCCGUACUGGAACUUCUCAAUAAUGUGAAUGCGGUUCUGUUUCGUUUGCUCGCUUUUCACCAUUUCCUCUCCAGAUGUUUUGUGCUCCAUUCGUUGGCUUUUGUUUUUGUGGCUGUAGGCUGUUUAUCCUGCGACAUUCGUUAUCGAAGCACCUUUUAGAUUCAGUGCGGUUCACACUUUACUUUCAUGCAGGUGAAUGAAAGCACUGUUCUUUCUUUCAUAAUCACAUGAGCAUGCUGCUGCGGUCAUGUAUUCUGGCAUCGUGGGAACAGUAGGUUUCUUGGAUAAGUGUUAUUUUGUAUAUAUUUAUUUUUUGUAACUUUAAUUCAUGUGCUUUUUUUUUUUUACAUUUAAUAUGUUCCCCUUUUCCAAAACAAGACGUCGGUGCUGGAGCUAGUGCCCAGUCUAGAACCGCUCUGGAUGCACUUUCUUAUAUACCAAUAUAGUUCAGUGAUUUUGGUAUUUCCUGAAUCCACAGUUCCAAUAAACAUUUGCAAAAUUCAUCACAAAUCUGUGUUGUUGGAACUACAGCCCUCCACCUGUGCUUAGAAGGAUUUCCCAGCAAACAAAAAUAUGUUCUAUGAAUGUUUUGCCAACAUUCCAAUUAAGUUCUAAACACUCGGAAUGUUCAAAAUGCGUUUUAGAACGUUUUUCUUGGUUUAGAAAAUGUUACUGGAACAUUCCAUUUCAUAAUUUUCAAACACUAUGGGAACGUUACUUUUUAAUUUAUAUAUAUAUAUAAAAAAAAUUAGACGUAUAUCCAAAAGAAGUUUCCCAAGAAAUACCAUAUGCAAGUACAGUAUGUGAAUGUCAGAUGCUUGAUUGUGUGCAUUCCGAAAGAAAUUUUUGAUUCAAAACACAUUUUGACUUUCAGGUCAACUGUUUUUGUGGUUGAGAAAGCUUUUGAUGAGAAUCUUGCAAGUUAGUUGAUCAGUUUUAACUACCUACUUGAAUACCACUAGCCGGGUUUCCAUCACCCUGCUUUAAUGCACAUUUUGAAGUAUCGCAUCAGAAUCGAGUAAUGGAAACAGAAUUUGGGGUUAAAAUGCCUCAAUUCACAAAAAAAAAAAAAGUCACGCUCACUUGAGGUGGUUUUUUUAACUUAUGCUGAAUUUUUUUUAAUGCUAAUGGAAGAUGGAAAUGCAUUUUGCGAAUAAAUUCCUCCAAGUGCAUCAAAACAUCAUGUGACUUUACGCUACGGGACGGCAAAUCCUGACUAACCAGUGGACCCAUCUUGUUCCACAGUAUCUGAAAUGUUGUUAUAUGUUCAUUCGGAAAUGGCUGAGCAAAGUCUGUCAUCAAAGUAUUCAUGUACUGUAUAAUUCCCUCCCCGAACUUUUAAACAUUCAUCCACCUCUGAAAGCAAUAACUGCAUUAAUUUGUUUCAUCUGCUCGUUCUGAGGUGCAAGUAAUACAUUACAUAGGAAAAAUAUUAUAUUCAGUACCUAUUUUCUUAGUGACGUAAAGUGCCAGUUUUUAUCAGGAAGUGACGAUUUUGUUCUCUUUGACUCGUUGGAUGGUAACGGCGCUUGUUUGUAAAUGUUUUAUGUGAGAUAUUUAAAUUUAGUAAAGUAAAAUUUGCAACUUUGGAUGGAAACCCGGCUACUGACAGUUUAGUUUAAUAGUACAGACAUCAGUGACUUUUUCUGGCAAAGUUCUCUGGCAAGUUAUGGACAAACCUUCUUCCAGUAACGUUAAUAAAGCAUUUGUUGCAGUUAUCUGGUCUUUAAUAGUGUUCUCCAAACAUUGGCACAAAAAUUUUAUUUAUACCUCAUUCAUGGAAUGUUUUUUUCUUCUAUAAUGUUCUAUAAACAUUUUUAAAUGUCACUGCUUGUAUCAGAAUGUUCAGAGAACAUUCAAUGGUAACAUUCCCAUAAUGUCGGCAAAAUAAUCAUGGAAUGUUGGAACCAAGAAAAAUCUGCUUGUUUUUAAACUGGACCUUUUGAAUGUUCAUAGAAAAUUGAAAAUGUUUUCAUAACCUAAUGGGUACAUUAGCGAAUCGUUCUUAGACCUUAUUUUUGUCAGCUGGGUUCAUCGCUAGUUUGAGUAACGUAACUGAGAUUUGUUGUCGCCAAAAAACUUGCACUGCAUCAGCAAGUAUUCACAUCUGCAUUCGUACUUUAAUUAAAUGUUUGUGCUGGUUUCAUAUAAGGAACUGAUAACAUUAAAACUAGAUCUUGCAUUAUCGUCAUCAGCAGUCUAAACUGGAAAUGUGACUCACAUUGGGACGUUACACAGUGACGUUUUAAAAUGGCAGUCAAUCAGUUUGCUCAAAAGAAUCAUUCGUUCAAAUGAAUCAUGCUAAACUAGUGGUUUAUCACAAAUCGCUCACGUUCUUUCACCAAACAUAUUUUCACAAGUACACUAUCGUUCAUUUGGUAAGAGAUUUUUUCGAAAGGUCACCAAGGCUGCAUUUAUUUGAUCAGUAAAAAAUUUUAUACCAUGAAGUGUUAUUGCAAAGAAAAUAACUGGUUUCCAUUAGUAUAUAUUUUACCAUUUAAUUUAUUUCCGUCAUCAAAGCUGAAUUUUCAGCAUCAUGAUCCUUCAGAAAUCAUUCUAUUGCUGAUUUGCUGCUCAACAAACAUUUCUUAUUUUCAGUGUUGAAAUAUAUAUAUAUUUUAUUCAUUUGUGGUGAUUGCUAGAUUCUUUGAUGAAUAGAAAUAAUUGAUAUUGUAACAUUAUAAAUGCCUUUAUAACUUCUGAUCAAUUUAAUGCAUCCUUGCUGAACAAAACUAUUAAUUCAAAAUAAAAGUCUUGCUGACUCUUAUUGUGUAUUUCAUCAAGAAAUCUUGCCUCACUUCAAAAAAAAGGUUAUUUAUCAAGUGAUUGCUGAUUAAUACCUUAAUCUAAUGUUCCCUGGUUAUAUUUGAUAAUAAUUUCUCAAUGACUCCCAGUCAUAUUUCCAAAUAGGUUUGGUUUUAUUAUUAUUUUGCUCACGCUUCUUAAACAAGGUACAUAUGAGAUGAUAAAAUAUAUCAAACUAUCUCACUGUUUGAAUGAAUUAACUUUGAUGAAUAAGUGGCACUAAACACUGGUUUUAUUUCUGUUGUAUUUUCUUUUUUAAUUAGCUUUUUUGAGUUUAGAAUAAAAGAUUAUUCCUGUUC